UGGGUGUACUACCAGCUCAAGUCCAUUAUUUGUCUAUACUGUUGCUAAGCUUUUGUCAGCCAAAUAUUCUGAUGAAUUGUCAGCAACUUUGAGUUUUCUUGCUGGUUUUUGUCUUGUGAUAUAUACACUUUUCAACUGAAUUCAGUGAAAACUUACCCAUAGUUUACCUGGUCUGAUUCUUUUUUCUUUUAAGCAUUAUUGGUGCAGGUUGUAGUGCCAAACAGUGUUUUGAACUUUUGACUAUGAAGAUUCGAACCACCUUGGAUUAUAAUUUUGAAAUAGAAGCAGCUUGCAGCUUUUCUAUAUGUGCUAUAUAAAUCCACAAGGCUUGUAGCUGGAUUGGUCUCUUUUUUGUCUGUGGGUUUUUAACUUAUAGCUGUCAGCAAGGUUUGGAACUACGUUAUCCUUCAGACGGUUCCUGUCUUACCAAAAUUGAGAGAUAGUUGAUUAGAAUUAUAAUAUCAUUGAUUUUUCUGAGAUUUUUCUUUCCUGAGUUAGCUUGAGCUUUUCACUUUCUUGAUGUCUAGUAGAUGUUUUCUCAAUUCUUCGCUUCUGUUUUUAGGAUAAUUUUCUGUGGUCUGUUGAUCCUAUUCGGUUUAUUACUACCCACUUGGUACUUUUGUUUGUGCUAUUGGAGUGAAUAUUUGAUGUUGUUUUUGUUUGUUUCAUUUUGUGGUAGGGGUUCAAACAUAAUAAUAAAUCAAAUAUGUUCUUUUUGCUGUCUAAACAUAUGUAGUGAAGAUUGCAGAAUAUUAUAUAGCCCAACUCAUUUGGUGAUUUGGUUCAGCUUUUUGGUUUUCUGAUAUUCAGAAUUGAUUUAGAGCAGGGUACUGUUUAGGCUGGCACGAUGGCCAGACAUGUGAUGGAUGCUGCUCAGGAGGAGAAAGAGGUGGAGGAUCAAUCACCAAUAGAAGAAGUGGCACUGGUGGUGCCUGUUACUGAUGACCCUACUCUGCCUGUAUUCACAUUCCGAGUAUGGGUUCUGGGUUUCAUAUCAUGUGUCCUGAUCAUGUUUCUCAACACUUUCUACACCUACAGAACACAGCCCUUGACCAUAUCUGCUAUUUUAGCCCAGAUUUUGGCUUUGCCACUUGGGAGAUUCAUGGCAGCAAUUCUCCCAACCAGGAAGAUGCAUGUGCCCUUCAUUGGGUGGGAAUACAGCCUGAAUCCGGGCCCCUUCAAUAUGAAAGAGCAUGUCCUCAUAACCAUUUUUGCAAACAAUGCAGUUUCCUCUGGGGGUGGAGAUGCAUAUUCAAUUGGGGCAAUCAACGUCAUGAAAGCUUAUUACAAGCAAAAUCUUAGCUUUAUUGUAGCUCUCAUAAUUGUACUGACAACACAGAUCUUAGGAUAUGGUUGGGCUGGUUUGCUGAGGAAAUAUCUAGUUGAACCUGCAGAUAUGUGGUGGCCUUCCAACUUGGCACAGGUCUCUCUCUUUAGUGUCACAGCAAAUCAACUUGGUUCAGGGUACAAGGGUUUGGGUUUUGGAGCAUUAUCCUUUGAUUGGGCUGGAAUUUCAGCAUAUCAUGGAAGUCCCCUUGUGACACCAUGGUUUUCAAUUUUAAAUGUUACUGUUGGCUUUGUAAUGUUUAUUUACAUAGUUAUUCCUAUAAGUUACUGGAAAUACAAUGUAUUUGAGUCAAGGAAGUUUCCCAUCUUCUCUAGCCAUCUGUUUACGGCUAAUGGUAAAAAAUAUGAUACCACACGGAUCUUGACACCACGGUAUGAUUUGGAUGUAAAGGCCUACCAUGAGUAUGGCAAGAUAUAUCUCAGUCCCCUUUUUGCUCUCUCUAUUGGAUCAGGCUUUGCAAGGAUUGCAGCAACAAUUACACAUGUGAUCCUCUUCAAUGGACAUGACAUUCUCAAGAGGAGCAGAUCUGCUAUGAAUGCUGGAAAAUUGGAUAUACAUGGGCGUUUGAUGAAGCGUUAUAAGGAUGUCCCAGAGUGGUGGUUCUUAGUCUUAUUGUUUGGCAGCAUGGCAUUUUGCCUUUUAUUGUCAUUUGUAUGGGAAGAAGAAGUUCAACUUCCAUGGUGGGGUAUGAUAUUAGCAUGUGGACUGGCAUGGUUCUUAACUCUUCCAAUUGGAGUCAUUCAAGCAACUACAAAUCAGCAACCAGGUUAUGACAUUAUAGCACAGUUCAUAUUUGGUUACAUUUUGCCUGGGAAGCCCAUAGCAAAUCUACUUUUCAAGAUCUAUGGCAGGAUCAGCAGUGUACAUGCACUGUCUUUUCUUGCUGACCUCAAGCUUGGCUACUACAUGAAAAUUCCUCCACGGUGUAUGUACACUGCUCAGCUUGUGGCUACAGUAAUUACAGGAAUAGUAAAUCUUUCUGUUGCAUGGUGGAUGCUGGAAUCUAUAGAGAACAUAUGUGAUGUGGAUGCUUUACCUCCCAACAGCCCUUGGACAUGUCCAAAAUAUAGAGUCACAUUUGAUGCAUCUGUUAUCUGGGGUCUUGUGGGUCCGAAGCGCCUGUUUGGGCAGCAUGGAAUGUACAGAAAUCUGGUGUGGCUUUUCCUUGUGGGUGCACUUCUACCUGUACCAUUUUGGGUUCUGAGUAAGAUUUUUCCCGAGAAAAAGUGGAUUUCACUGAUAAACAUACCAGUCAUCACAUAUGGUUUUGCUGGCAUGCCUCCUGCCACUCCUGCCAACAUCUCUUCCUGGAUCAUAACUGGUACUAUCUUCAAUUAUUUUGUGUUCCGUUUCAGGAAGAGAUGGUGGCAGAGGUAUAAUUAUGUUCUAUCUGCAGCCCUUGAUGCUGGUACAGCAUUCAUGGGAGUGUUACUGUACUUUGCGCUUGGCACAGGAGAUAAGAAUCUAAGCUGGUGGGGUACUGAGCUGGAUCAUUGUCCUCUUGCUUCUUGUCCAACAGCCCCAGGCAUUGUUGUUAAGGGAUGCCCAGUGUUUUGAUUGCUCACUCUCAAGCCAAUUACUCCCAUAAAUUUGUCACAAUAACCUUGAACACAUAGGAUCUUCCUACAGCAGCAGAAUCUUCGUUCUUGGUAUUAAAUAACAGAAAGAGAGCUUUGGAGUCACUCCAAGUCUAGGAUAUCUCCUAAUCCUUAUCAUGGUUGUUUAGUUGUACCAUACUCUCUUGGAGUGACACCAAAGUUAAUUGUAUCUCUCUGGGUAAAUCUAUAGUAUGCUCUUGUUGCAUGGAAUCAUAACAUAGCAAGAAUUAGUCUAUAUAGAUAGCACUUAAGUGAAUCAUUUAUGAUUGAAGAGUGAAGCCCAGUAAUCUUACUGAAUGUUGAAAGCAAGCUGAAGAAAUGGCGGUAUUUUUCACCAUCUUUACUGAAACUCUUUUUAGGAUAUCAAAGCUCAUGGUAUGCUUAAAUGUCAAAUAAUAAUAAAAUAAAAAAAUUAUGUGAAUUUUAGAAAA